AUGGCUUGUUGGUCUGCAGAAAAUGCCACAAAGGCCUAUCUCAGCACUUUGAAAAUGGGUCAAAAUGCAAAAGAGCCAGCAGUUGCUGAGUUUAUAUCAGCACUAGCUGCUGGAAACAAUGCACAAGUAAUGGUUGUGGCAUGUGCUGGUUUAGCAGACUCUACCACACUACUAGCCCUUGUUGUUGCUGCUCAUCAAACUGGUGGCCAUGUUGUUUGCAUUUUCCAUAGCCAUGAAGAGCUAAAUGCUUCCAAAAAUGUAUUGGGAAUAGCUGCUCCUCAAGUUCAAUUCAUUGUUAGAGAAGAAGCUCAAGAACUGCUUUUAAACCAUGCUGAUUUUGUGCUCAUUGAUUGUAACCUUGUGAACCAUGAAGAGAUUCUUAAAGCUGUUCAAGUUGGUGGUGGCAAGCAAAAUGGCACAAUGGUUGUUGGUUUAAAUGCAUUUAGCUGCAAAGGGUCUUGGAGAUCAUGUGGUUCAAAAACUCAGUUGCUUCCCAUAGGAGAAGGGUUGCUUGUGACAAGAUUUGGAGCAAGUGCCACUAGUCCAAAAUAUGGAUUUGGAAUGAGUAAGAUAAGAAAUCGUUGGGUUGUCAAGGUAGAUAAAUGCACUGGUGAAGAACAUGUAUACAUGAUUAGACAUCCACAAGGAAAAGUGGUUCAAGCUUAA